UUCAAUCAAAGUGCGGGAAGUUUUGCGUAUAGCUUUUUCCUAGCGUAGGAAUCAUAGGAUUUUGGGUUGAAGUUGGGGAAGAUGAAGUCGGUGGUGUCUAAUAAGACGCAGAACGAGCACAACCUUUGCCUUCCAGUCUGUGUAGUGGGCUUUCGUUCUUUGUCUUUCUGUGGAAAUUUUAGAUGCCUUUUUCCAUCUUCUCUUCAAUUCUAUUGCAAAAUUUUAUACUUAUCACAAAAUCAAUCCUCUUUCCAGGACCUAGAGUUGAAAUUGUUUUUCCGAGUGUUGUUGCUGUAGGUUUCUUAGUUGGUUUAGUAAACAAAGUGAAGCAACAAUUAAGGGGAGUUUGUUUGAUGUGUUAAAUGUUUUGAUCUGCCAAUAGUUCUUAUAUAUAUAUAUAUUGGGAUGUUUUGGUCAAUUGCAGGCACUUCCUCAUUUUUGGGAUUGAAAUUCCUGCAGAAAAUUUGUUUUCUUUUCCUGGAAUUUUGUUGGAUAUCUAGAACAACUCGUUUAUAAUAUAGUUGGCGACUUCGCGCGAAGCAAAACAACUCGUUGGUUAUUUAUUUGUAGCCAACGACAGGUCGUUAAACUGUGUUUUAAACGUUUUUGCCCUUAUUCCUUAAGCCCUUGUGUUGCGGGGUCUUCUAUCCGGCGAUGGCUAUCCCCAAGCUUUUAUUGUCUCACCUCCGCCGUUCUCGUACCCUCUCCUCUCUUAACACUCUCUCUUAUGCCUGUGUUUCUCACCUCCUCACAAACCCUAGCCCGCUUCUUUCACCUCCUCCUAUUCUCUCUCACAACCCCCACGGACCUUGCUACGCUAACUCAGUCACUUCUUUUCAUUUGUUUAACAAUCGAUCCUUCUCGACCCGUUCAAAUGACGACUCGGAUUUUUUCGCUGACUCAGCUACCUUGUCGACCACCGAGUCAAAGCUUCCAGAAUUUGGAGUUUUUGAGGUUACUGAAAGUGUGGUUAAUGGUAGCAGUGGCGGCGAGGAGUCGAUUCUUCCGGUUCAAGCAUUGAUUUCGUUGCUUGAUGAGUUUCAUGAUCUCACUGGCUUGCCUUGGUGGGUAACUAUUGCUUCAGCCACAGUAGCUAUGAGAGUUUUUUUGUUCCCUUUACUUGUUCUGCAACUUCACAAGUUGAAGAGGAUAUCAGAGUUAUUUCCUAAAUUGCCUCCUCCAUUUCCACCACCUCUGUCAGGAAGGAGCUUCAGAGAUCAAAUUUCACUCUUUCGGCAGAAAAGACGAGCAAUUGGCUGUCCCUCAUUUUUAUGGUUUCCUGCAUAUUUCUCUGUCCAGGUGCCAUGCUUUAUUUUGUGGAUGACCAGUAUUCGACGAAUGUCUUUGGAACAUCAUCCUGGCUUUGACUGCGGUGGCACUCUAUGGUUUCAGAAUUUGACUGAAUUUCCUCAUGGUCUUUUAAGCCCCAUCUUUCCGUUACUGAUUGCUAGUUUGCACUACAUUAAUGUUCAGCUUUCUUUUGAGAAAAAAAAAUCUUUUCAGAAAAUAGAUGGACUUUUGGGCUUAUUGGCAAAAUACUACAAGAAGUAUUUGGAUCUUCUGACACUGCCUCUGUUUUUCAUUGGCUACUGCAUUCCACAGGGAAGUCUAGUCUAUUGGGUCACCAAUAGUUCAUUAAGUGUUAUCCAGCAAUUAUCUCUCAAACAUCCUACCAUACGUGCAAAGUUAGGGUUACCAAACAUGGAAUCUCAGACAGCAACAGCUGCAGAGUGUGAAGAUUUGGGUAUACUAGAAAGAACGUCUUCAGAUUCACCAAGCGAGCAGGGCAAAGUUUCUGUGGAAAAUUUAAGCCCUAAGAAAUUGCUUGCUCUCUCAGUCCAACUCAUGUCUGAUGGGCAUAGAGAAAGAGCAAUUCCUUUGUUACAGCUGGCAGUUCAGAAGGACCCUAACUACAUAGAAGCCCUGAUUGUUACGGGGCAGAUUCUGCUGCAGAAAGAAAUGUAUGCAGAGGCUGCAGAAUAUUUGGGACGUGCCAUUUCCAAGCUAUGUGUUGAUGGCCAUCCAACAGAAGUCAAGUAUGCUGAUCUCCUAAUUCUUGCAUCACAGUGGGCUGGUGUUGCCUGUAUUCGGCAGGGGAAGAAUGCAGAAGGAAUUGUGCACCUAGAAAGAGUUGCAAGUUUAGAAGAACCAGAGGACCCAAACAGCAAAGUCCAUUACUUUCAGAGUUUGGUAUUUCUUGCAAGUGCUUUAUCCAACGAAGGUCGUAGAGCUGAAGCUGCAAAGUAUCUGCAGUUAGCUGUUGCUUACAAUCCUGCCUAUAAAGAAUUGUUAGAACAAUGUGAGAAUGAAGGCGACGAUUUUGACAGUGAUCUUGCCAACAGCAGGAGAAGAGAUUAUUAACCUCUUGCAAUUUUACACGAUUAACAUUCAUUAUUUUCUUGAGUUGAGUCCAUUUAUCUUUGUACCUUAGAAUAAAACAUCCAUCCAAUCCUCACCAACAUUUUUUUAAGUUAUUUAAUAAUUAAUAUUUCUUA